UUUUAGCUUCCAUCCUCUUGCAUCCAAGCAGAUGUAAAUAAACAAAAUUUCGCCGGUUGAAUUAGUUUGUCACCUGUAUAAUUCGAGAAACAAUAGUGCGAAACUCUGUCGGAAUCUUUGUUCGGCUGAGAGAUGAGUCUUGUUGGCGCAAAAGACAAUUUGACAAACAUGGAUCACUUCUGGCAGGAAAUGGUCAAAGUUACGGGACCCGUAUCGACAACCGUCCGCGCAGCGUUGGAUCGAACAAAGUUCAUCCACAGUGGAUUGCAGUUACUGGAUGACCCGACCAUCGAUGCAGUGGAAGCGGAUAUCCGCCGACUUCCGGCCUUGCUGCGAAUAUCUGAGAAAGAAGCUGCACGAAUGGUGGCAUAUCCGGGUGAUAUCAAAGAAUUUCGGUUCCUGGUCGGUGAACGUAGCGUCAUGAAAUUAAUAGCUACCAAGGUACAACAGUAUGGCUUCAAUUGCUUCUACCACCCCGUAAAGCAAGCAAUCCAUAGGACCGUAGUAGAACAAUCUUCGGAUACACCUUUGGAGGAAACUAUAAUCCUGGAAGCAGAAGAGGAAGUAGUUCGAAAUAAAAUUCGCGAGCAUUACGAUAGAAAAUCUGAUGGAAGUGAUGAACAUGUCGAUUUUUGUCUAAAGUUGGCCAACGUUGGUGUCGAAAUACGGCAAAAUAGCAACGGUGAUGCCGCACGCAUUAUCUGUCCUUUCUGUGACCAGAAUACAACCAUCAUUCGUCGGGACAAAACCGGCACUUGGAGAAUCAGCAACUUUGCUGGUCAUAUCAAGUACAAACAUGGCUAUCUUGACUAUCCGGGAAAGGAGGUAGUCGCAGAGACGACGGAUUCAGAGGACGUGUCGACAAGUAGUUUGAUUCGGCCGUUAAAAGCGAGAUAACCAAGUGGCGAUGCUAAAUAGAUUCGCUCAGUAGCCGUAUAUAAGUAGAAUGGAUAAUUACAAACCAAUAAUGUUUCAGUUGUGUUCGUGUUAUACUAAGGCAUCUUUGUACAACUAAAUAGUAAUAUACCAAUAGAAGAUUACAUGUACUCAAGCAUAUCAUUCAUUAAACAGCUUUUAU